GCGCUUAUGUCCUACGUAGAGUUAAACGUGUUUCGUGUUUCCUUCGACAACAAGCUAAGCUAAUAGACGUCUACGCAUUUUACAUAAGUGAAAAAUAAACUAAGGGCAGCUAUUAGUUAAAUUAAGAUUAAAUAUUUUGGUCGUAAAUUACUUAAGCAUUUAUAAAACACUUAAAUAGCCACCGUCCGUGAGACGACUAAAGUUUGAGCAAAGCAGCUAGCUAGGUUUAAAUCUCAUCUGACAGAUUGCAUCAUGGGACGAAAGAAACAAGGCAAGUUUGUCCGUCCUGACAAUAGGGGUAAAGAUAAACGGCAUAAAAUGAAGGGGAAAUCGUUAGAGACCUUUACAGAAGAAAUGCACGCCACUUUUGAAGCAAGUCUUCACUUAGAGGAGGGAGCAGAGGCCCCGCAGGUGAAACUGCCUUGUCCACUUGCCAUGUGGGAGUUGGGUCACUGUGAUCCGAAACGAUGUACUGGCAGAAAGCUUGUGCGGAAGGGCUUUGUGCGAAACCUGCGCAUCAACCAGAGAUUCAACGGUCUCAUACUGAGUCCAAUGGGCACAAAGUAUGUGACUCCAGCAGACAGAGAAAUUGUGGCUCAGAAUGGGUUAGCAGUGAUUGACUGUUCUUGGGCCAAACUGGAGGAGACACCCUUCAGUAAGAUGGUUGGAAGUCAUCCCAGACUACUGCCAUACCUAGUCGCUGCAAACCCUGUCAACUAUGGCAAACCCUGCAAGUUAUCUUGUGUUGAGGCUUUCGCUGCCACCUUCUGUAUUGUUGGUUUUGAAGAACUGGCUGUGCUCCUGUUGAAGAAAUUCAAAUGGGGACGCGUAUUCAUCGAACUCAAUAGAGUUCUGCUUGACCGCUAUGCCACCUGUCAGUCAGAGGAAGAGCUGCUGUCUGUAGAGAAGGAGUAUCUGACGUCAAAACCAGAAGAGGAGGAGUUUGAUCCAUUUGAUGUGAACUCCGGAGUGGAAUGUAGGAAUCUUAACAGACCUCUGAGGUAA